AGACGUUUGACAAGUCCGUUGACGCCCAAUCGUUGGUACAAUAUCAAGCUGCCUUGGCUAGCCGUGACCCCGUGGACCCCGUGGGGCGGUUAACUCGAGAGUCGGGACCGGGGUGGCCACCGGUCUGGGUAGUUGGUGUAAUGCCUAGGAAGCAUUUACUUAUCGCUAGUUUCUAUUAUUCCCGGCCGCCUUUUACAUAAUAAAGGGCAUCAAAAGAUAAAAUUUUCGAAAAGAUAUAAUACGCCUACGUGUGAACCUCCCAUCGCGGCUGUGGCAAUAUCUGCUGAGAUAUAUAUGCUUAAUGAUAUAUAUAACUAGGUGCUUCUUAAUGCUAACAUCAAUAGCUAUACAAAAUACAUUUUAUUACCUUCGAUAUUGCUAUUUACCAUGACCAUACGCAAUCACGAUCCAGUCAAUACAAACGUCGAGGCGCAAGAUCCUCAACCGCAAGAAGCAGAAUUCAAGGAGGGUGGUUAUGGCUGGGUGGUCAUUUUCGGCGUAUUCAUACUUAACGCCCAUACUUGGGGUUUCAUCUCUAGUUUUGCUGUAUUCCUCGCUUAUUACCUUAGGUCUGGUACAUUUGGAGCAAGCCAACUUGGGUACGCUUUUGUAGGCGGCCUAUCUAUCUCAAUCGCUCUGUUAGCUUCACCUUUAGCCACCACUUUGGUUGGUUGGAAACGAUGCGGGACGCGACUAACUAUAUUUCUCGGUGCUAUUUUUGAGACGAUUGGCUUCAUCGGCUCAUCAUUUGCCUCAGAGCUAUGGCACCUGAUUCUGAGCCAAGGUGUGUCGUUUGGACUCGGAAUGGGUCUAUGCUUCGUCGCUUCUGCCGCCGUCCCUCCUCAAUGGUUUGUAAAACGCCGAUCCUUCGCUAAUGCGAUCGCCGCUUCGGGAUCGGGCUUCGGCGGUUUAUGCUACUCACUGGCCACCAAUGCUAUGAUCGACAACAUCGGCUUAUCGUGGGCUUUUCGUGUCAUAGCUAUCGUCUGUUUCGUGGCCAACACUAUUGCUAGCUAUCUCAUCCGCGACCGUAAUCAUGCUAUCGGCUCAGUCCAUAUCGCUUUCGACUGGAAGCUUUUCAAGCGACCGGAGUUUCUCCUGUUCCAAGCCUGGAUGGUUCUCUCUAUUCUUGGAUACGUCAUCCUUGUUUUCAGCAUCGUUGACUACUGUCAGACUGUGGGCUUGACGGCUUCCCAAGCUUCUCUAGUAGGAGCGUUAUUUAAUUUGGCUCAAGGGCUGGGACGACCUGCAAUAGGUCUAUCAAGCGACUCGGUUGGGCGUCUCAAUAUCGCCAACCUAUCUACUUUAUUCUGUGGCCUCCUUUGCAUGUUCUUCUGGAUAUUUGGAGCUAAAACCCUAGCUAGUUGCAUAGUAUUUGCUCUCCUCGCCGGCAGCGUUGCCGGCGUCAUGUGGGCCACGGUUGCCCCUAUCUGUGCCGAAGUUGUCGGUCUUGCUCUCAUACCUUCAGCAUUGUCAUUGACUUGGCUCGUGCUAGUCCUACCGGCGACGUUCGCCGAGGUCAUCGGUGUUAGCCUCAGACGGUCUGGCCCAGGGGGCUAUCUCCACGUCCAGCUCUUCACCGCGUUUUGCUACAUUGGCGCCUUUAUAUUCGGUUGGGCCCUUAGAGCUUGGAAGGUCUGGGAGCUGGAACAGGUACAGCUUGAUAAGGAGCAGCGAGAACUUGCCAUUCGCGACGAAGGCCUAUUGUCGUCGGUGAUAGAAAGUCAGUCUCAAAAUGCCGAUUGGCCCGCCCCUCCUCGGCGGCGGUUAUCUAUUCUUAAGGGGCUUUGGGUUAUAGAACGGGUAUAACGUGGUGACUGAAAAUUAUAGUCACUUAGAAGGGAACGUAUGUCUACUACAGGACGUUCCUUUAAAGAAUUACAGGAUAAAUAAACAAAAAAGACUUACCAGG